AUGACUUUUGAAAAUAUCUCCUCCUCCAAUGACUUUUCCGCACCCUCUAACUGUUUCUCUCACCCCUGUCGAUUGUCUGACGAGCUGAUACUUGUUCAGACCACACGUACCCGUCUCUCUCUCUCUCUCUCUCUCUCUCUCUCUCUCUCUCUCUCUCUCUCUCACAUAUAUAUAGAUGAGAGAGAGAGAUGGAAAUCUCUCUCUCUCUUGGCCUAUAUCUACCUAUCCUUUCUCUAUGACCCGGCCUGUUCUCUGUCACUAUUCCACUUUCUCUAUUCCUCUCUCUGUCUUAAUUCCCAUCUAUCUCUGUCUUCCCAUAUCAUCAUUGUCUCUGUCUUCCCAUAUCAUCUCUCUCUCUCUCUUCCCAUAUCAUCUCUCUCUCUCUCUUCCCAUAUCAUCUCUCUCUCUCUCUUCCCAUAUCAUCUCUCUCUCUCUUCCCAUAUCAUCUCUCUCUCUCUCUCUCUGUAUCGCGUAACAUUUCCGCCUUCUCUCUCUCUCUCUCUCUCUCUUUUCUCUUUGUUUUCUAACUUCUCUCCUUUCUACUCUUAUUUUCUUACUCCUUCUCUUUUCAGUCUUUCUUUUCUACUUUCUGGUCUUCUUUAUUCGUUUUUUCUUCUCCGUUUUGUUUUAUUCUUUCUUUCUUUUGUUGCUACAUUUCUCUCGUCUUUUAUUUUUUUCCUGCUCUUUGUCUUCUUUUUCUUCUUCGUUGGCCUCUACUUUCUUUUUCACUCUCUCAGUUACAUCUCUCUCUCACCCCCUUCAUCUUCUCUCUCUCUCACCCCCUUCAUCUUCUCUCUCUCUCACCCCCUUCAUCUUCUCUCUCUCUCCUUCCACACUUACAUCUUUUUUCUCUCUUUCUCUCUCUCUCCUGUUCUUGCUGGUUCUCUCCCCUCCCCCGUUCCAUCUUGUCUCACUCCGUUUCAUCUCCUAUUCUAUCUAUCCUUCAUUCUCCCUCUCCUCGUCUUCAUCGUCUUCUCCUCCUCUUCUCUCAUUUUACUCUUUUCUGUCCUUCCUUCCUCCUUCUUCAUUGGCACUUCUAUUUUCUCCAUUGCUCCUCCUCUCCUUCUCUCUCUCCUUUCAGGGUUUGCUUUAUGUCCUUGUUCGCAUGGAAUCAAUGAACCUAUUAAGGUCAGUGCAGGCUGUAAAAGCAAACUGCCAAUCACUCAAUAA